CCUUCGUUCGGUGAGAGAGUGCAGCUGCGCGUGGGAAAACACUGCAUCGCCUCGCGAUACACUUGCUUUCUUGCACUGCGUUAAACCCUUGACACCACGUGGUAUUUCUAUGCAUAGUAAGCCGAUAAGCGAUAAAAUUUAACAUAAUCUAUUAUAGUUACAUUUAUCUUGUUUAUUUUUGCCAGAAUUAACUUUCUUCCGGAUGUUUUUGUUGAACGCGUAAAAGUCUCUGAACAAUUCGAUCUGUUAGACAUUCAGUACGACACCGUGAGUAGGAGGUUGCGAGAUAAAACAAACCUGUCUCUGUUAAAAACUCACAGCGUCGGUUCUUUUCUUUUGGCGCAAUACUUUUGCUACAUAUUAGCUCGUGUUUUGUCAACAUUCACGAUGCAGCUAAAUGGGGCAAUUCGGAAGUCCGUCCUUUCAUUGCUAGUUGUCACUUCUUGCUGGUAGUCACAGUAAGAGUCGUGAAAAUGUGAAGAUUUCUGGUAACGGGAAUAAUUCUGGACAAAGGUAGAAGACUGGACCGGGGCAUGUGGCUCCUAUUGGCUCUGCUGGUCCUUCCUCUGGCCGGUGGCGACGUCUUCACACUCGGCUACCUGACAGGGUCUCAACGCCGCCCGGGUGACCAAGAGUACGUGCGUCCCGGCCUCAGCAUCUCCGGCGCCAUCUCGCUGGCAGUGGCGGAACUGAACGCUGGGCCGAUGGGGGCUCGUGGACAUCGCCUGCAGUUCCUGGUGGCCGAGACGCGCGGCGAGGAACUGGCCAGCAUCGCGCGCACGGCCGACCUGUGGACGCAGAAUGUGGCUGCCUACAUCGGUCCGCAGGAGACUUGCGUCACAGAGGCGCGCAUGGCUGCCGCGUUCAACCUGCCAAUGAUCUCGUAUUUCUGCAUGGACUACCAGACGUCGGACAAGAGCCGAUACCCCACAUUUGCCCGCACCCGGCCGCCGGAUACACAGAUCAGCAAGUCUGUCGUCUCAGUACUGCUCAACUUUCAAUGGACACAGGUGGCGUUCUUCUACCUGAACUCAACAGACUCAGAGUUCCUUAAGAUAGGCGCCACGAUCCUACAGGCACUGCAGGCUGCAGACAUCACCGUGCGAAUUGUCCGCUGCUGGAGCACCGCGUACUAUCACGUGCAGGGCUACAAGGACAACCCGUUCCUGCAGUUGGUGCGCGACACGUAUGAGGACACGCGAAUCUACGUCAUACUCGGACACCAAGAUGAACAUCUCGGUCUCAUGAUCGCCAUGGAGGAGAUGAAGCUCUUCGACAAAGGCGAGUACUGGGUGGUGGGGGUGGACACGGAACAGUACGACCCAGCCAACCCCGAGAAGUACCUCAAGGCUCUGCUGUGGGACGAGACGAAUCCCGUGGCGCAGCGAGCUUUCCGCUCCUACCUGGGCGUCGUGCCCUCCCCACCCGUCGGGUUCGAGACCUUCAGCGAGCAAGUGAACCACUACAUGGAGCAGCCGCCCUUCAACUUCCCCAACCCGCUGACGUACGUCGGAGCAUACAAGACAAUCCGAGCAGAGGCAGCUUAUCUCUAUGACGCCGUGAACCUGUACGCCCAGGCAGUUCUGGACCUCGUGGAUAGAAACCAGGACCCACGAAAUGGAACUGCUGUCAUCAAUGCUAUCAAGGGGAGAAACUACCGCAGUGCCAUGGGGUACAUGGUGUACAUGGACCAGAACGGAGACGCGGAGGGCAAUUACACACUUCUGGCCCGAAAGCCACACCACAUUUACCCCCAGCAAUAUGGUCUGUAUCCUGUAGGGGUAUUUACUCUCAAGAAGAACGACAACAGACUUCUGGAUCUGCAGCUCACAGACAGCAUCGAAUGGGUCAGUGGUCGUCCACCCAUCUCAGAACCUCCGUGUGGAUUCCGUGGCGAGAAAUGCAUCACGCACACGGGGGAGAUAGCUGCCGGCGUGGCGGGCGGGCUCAUGCUGUUCCUCGCCGUGGUACUGUUGGUUCUUUACCGCAACUGGCGUUACGAACAGGAGCUGGAUAGUCUGCUCUGGAAGGUGGACUACAGGGACAUCCAGAUUAACGAGGACCAGCAGCCGCACAGCAACGCCUCUCUCAGCACCAAGAUCACCAGGGCAAUACAACCGCUGAUACGGACGAGUCAAGUGUCCCUGAGUUCGAACCCGGAUGCCGACUUCCGCUAUUCCACUAUCUACACACAGAUUGGUAUCUACAAGGGCCGCAUCUUCGCCAUAAAGAAAGUGGGGAAGAAAUCUGUGGACAUCACCAGGGAUAUGAAAAAGGAACUCAAGAUGAUGAGAGAUUUGCGCCACGACAACCUGAACGCCUUCAUAGGAGCCUGCACCGACCCACCAAACAUCUGUGUUGUAACAGAGUACUGCCCCAGGGGCAGCCUCAAGGAUAUUCUUGAGAACGAAGACGUAAAGCUGGACAACAUGUUCAUAGCUUCGCUUGUGGGAGACAUUAUUAGGGGCAUGACGUACCUUCACGACUCCCCUGUGCGAGUUCACGGUAACCUCAAGACCUCCAACUGCUUGGUGGACUCCCGCUGGGUUGUAAAGUUGGCGGACUUCGGACUCCACCAGUUCAAGCGAGAAGACUACAGCAGCAGCUGCGCACUGACAUGUGGCCUUCUGCAGACGAUUGAACCUCACCAGCUGCAGCAGGUUGCAAGCAAAUGUGAAGCCUUGUUGUACCGUGCCCCAGAGCUCCUCCGCGCCAACCAGUUGGACCCACUGUGCGCUGUGACAGGCACCCAGAAGGGCGACGUGUACUCAUUCGCCAUUAUCCUGUAUGAGUUGCAUGCCAGGCACGGACCGUUUGGGGAUGCUGACAUCCCCCCCACCGAGAUCCUGCUGCGGGUGGUUCGCCCUGAACCAGGACAGGUCCCCUUCAGGCCUCAACUGGAGCUGCUGGAGAACAGUUUCGACUUUGUUCGUGAUUGUCUCGUUGAGUGCUGGGCCGAGAAUCCGGAAGACCGACCAGACUUCAAGACAAUCCGGGCCAAGCUGCGCCCCCUGAGGAAGGGAAUGAAACCCAACAUUUUUGACAAUAUGAUGGCAAUGAUGGAGAAGUAUGCAAACAACUUAGAAGCUCUAGUCGAUGAACGGACAGACCAACUGGUUGAGGAGAAAAAAAAGACAGAGGCGCUACUGUACGAGAUGCUGCCACGCUAUGUGGCUGAACAGUUGAAGCGUGGAAACAAGGUGGAAGCAGAGAGCUUUGACUGUGUGACCAUCUACUUCAGUGACAUAGUAGGAUUUACAACCAUGUCAGCCGAGAGCACACCAUUACAGGUUGUGGACUUUCUCAAUGAUCUCUACACUUGUUUCGACUCCAUCAUCGAGAAUUAUGAUGUGUACAAAGUGGAAACAAUUGGGGAUGCCUACAUGGUGGUGAGUGGGUUACCUAUCCGCAACGGGAUACAGCACGCAGGAGAGAUCGCUUCCAUGUCGCUCCAGCUGCUGGAGGCCGUGAAGUUGUUCCGAAUCCGGCAUCGACCCACCGACAGCCUGAUGCUUCGCAUUGGCAUCCAUUCUGGUCCCGUGUGCGCAGGCGUCGUGGGCCUCAAGAUGCCUCGCUAUUGUUUGUUCGGGGACACAGUGAACACUGCCAGCCGCAUGGAGUCAAGUGGCAUACCGCUGAAGAUCCACUGCAGCUCGGACUGCAAGGCACUGCUGGACCAAGUGGGAGGCUACACGCUAGCAGAGCGUGGUCUGGUCCCCUUAAAAGGCAAGGGAGAGCAGCGCACCUUUUGGCUAUUGGGAGAGGAUCCUGUGCACCGACAACGUCGCGCCGAGGAGAGGGCUCGUGUCGGGCUUAAGACCCGGACACUCCCCGACAGCAACGGAUAUCUGUGUGGUGUGGGGCCUCGCAGCUCUCUCAAGAGCAAGAGCUCUGCGUGUCCGCCCCUAGCGCGGUGCUCCAGCCUAGAAUCACCAAAACGACUUCGGUUCGCCAGCGGAAAUUUGUUGGAACUCCAUCGUUACCAAAGGGACCCAAUGCUGGAAGCUAUUGCAGAUAACAGUCCCUGCAAGAAGACUGCACCGCAUCUCUUGGACGCUGAACGUUGCAGCACGUCCUGCCCCUGCAUCAAGGUGCUGCCUUCAAGUGUUAACUCUAAGAACAAUAGUUUUCCGGUAUUAUUUCCCACGGUCUGCAGUUCGGCACCCGCGAGCCCAGGAAGUGGCAGCGUCAAUCCCAUAUAUUCUACCUCAGUUGCCCAAAGCGAUGAAGGAAGUUUCCUCAUUGAUGAGCUGAACAAACCGUUACUGGAGGUUACUGGUGAAGCUGGUGACGUUACAGACAUAGAGACACCCGUCUAGCAGAACUGCAGUGGUGUUACGUCAGAACUAAUAAGAGAAAGACGGCGAGUAACUGGCGUGAACAGAGUCAGAGCUAUAUAUUGCGAUGUUGCGAGAUAGAUUCCAUCUCGAACAUGCCAUAUUAUUUUCAUUCCAAGUUGUCGUGCCACCGAUCGUGUUAUCAAAAACUAUUUAAAAGUGUUUUCAUAUUAUUUAUUAUCAUGUAUUUUUCUAGUUAGAUCCAAAAUACCAAAAUUUCGCUGUCGUAAGCCCAACGAUACAACACAGAUAGUUACUGCAUUCAUGUACAGUAACAAUAGCGAGGCCUGACCGAUACUGGUUGGUUUAGCUGUCAGCACGUGACAAUCAGUGUUAUUCCUGCGAAAACGCCUAGUGUUUUAAUGCAGUAAAUAUGAAGUUUUGUGUGCAGGAGAGAACGAAGUUCACGGCGUUAAAACGGAAGAGUGUUCCAUAUUCCAAAGUUACUUAAUCGUUUCCACAUGGCAUAACUAACAUACCCACUUUCACUGAAGUCCUUCGAGCCUAUCGUGUGAAAUAGACGGUCUGUUUGUGAGACUCAUUGGUUAUUAUGAUGGUGGUUGUGUUGCAGAAAAACAUGUAGCCACACACACAUGUGUUCCAGACGACGAAACAAGUGAUAAACUUAAUAAAAGCAUGAAAUUUUGCGAUUGGUGAUAAUUGAGAACGAAUGUGGAUAGAGAGAGAAGGAGCGUGAUCUAUCCGUAUCAGAAUCUCUGCAUUCAAAUGCUGAGAGGCUGAAUAAUAUGAAUAAAGAACUGUAAAUGAUCACAGGGAAUUAUUUUUUUCUGAACCCCAUAUAUAAAUUUGGUUUUAAUGUAGACUCCUCAAGUUAUAUAAUAAAUUGUCGGAG